AUGGAGUCCUGCUCUAACAAAACACUUGACAAAAUUGUUAAAGAGAAUUUAAAUUUAGAACAAUUGAAAGAAUUCAACAGAAUUUACUACGGAAGGGAAGAUCAUUGUGAAAUAAAAUUAAAACAAGCUAGUUUAACAGCUAGUGAAAAGUAUAACCUCGAAGUUGCUGCAUAUACAUUUUCAGCAUUAAAUGAAGAGGUUAGAAAACCAAGAAUAAUAAAAUUAGGGUUAGUACAGCAUUCGAUUGUUUUAUCUACUAGUGAAUCAAUACUAGACCAAAGGAAAUCUAUUUUUAAUAAAGUCGAAAAUAUAAUAACCGUUGCAGCGUCUGAAGGUGUGCAAAUAUUAUGCUUGCAAGAAACAUGGUCAAUGCCGUUUUUCCUUUGCACAGGAGAGAAGGAUCGAUGGUCGGAUUUUGCGGAGUCAGCUGAAAAUGGCGCCAGUACGGAAUUUCUUAAGCAAUUAGCAAAAAAGCAUUCGAUGGUUAUCAUCUCUCCCAUUCUGGAAAAAGAUAAUAGUUGUGUUUGGUGGAACACAGCAGUAGUUAUUGAUGAGAAAGGAAAUUAUAUGGGGAAACAUCGCAAAAACCAUCUGCCCAGUGUAGGAAGUUUCAGUGAAACAGCAUAUUAUGCCACCGGUAAUACUGGCCACCCAGUGUUUGACACAAAAUACGGAAAGAUCGCCAUUAACAUUUGUUAUGGACGCCAUCAUGCUUUAAACUGGCUCAUGUUUGCUUUAAAUGGGGCAGAAAUUGUUUUUAAUCCAUCUGCUACGAUUUCCGAAUUUGGUGAAUCGUUUUGGGGCAUUGAAGCUCGAACAGCGGCCGUCGCUAACGGUUAUUUUACUUGCAGCAUCAAUAGAGUUGGCACUGAAAAUUUCGAGAAAAAGGACGGUAAAAAAGUAUUACGGCGUUAUUAUGGGUCGAGUUACGUGACAGCUCCUAAUGGAUGCAGAACGCCUGGACUAUCUAAAGUCAAAGAUGGCCUUCUUAUCGCUGAAGUAGACCUAAAUUUAUGUCGGCAGGUGAAAGACCAUUGGGGAUUUCAAAUGACUGCACGCUUAGAAAUGUAUGCAAGAGAAUUAAAUAAUAUGCAAUAA